AGUGCUCAGUGCGAAUACGAGAGUUUUGAAGACGAACUCAUGCGAGAUCAGUUCAUAUCAGGCUUAGCAUCAGAACAACUCCGUGUUAAGCUCAUCGGUAAAGGUCACAAACAUAAGGAUGGUGAACGAGCAAAGGUUACCCUGCCAGAAGUUGCCGAAGUUGCUAAAGAAGCAACGACAGCGACAAAUCAACUCAUGAAAACGGCCAGAGAAACACAAGUGUAUGAACAAGUCAAUUAUAACAAUAAUACGAAACAAAAGCAAUCGAACCGUGACCCGUGUUUUUGGUGUAGUGGCCAACAUAAGCAACCCCGUCAGAGAUUCUGUCCAGCGUAUUCGAAAAGAUGCAACAAAUGUGGCACACUCGGACAUUUUGCCAGAGCUUGUAGAAACGCUGGAAACGUCCCUGGAAGCGUCGAGAGUCGAAAACCAUACAUGCAACUGCAACAACAACAAUAUGGAAAUCAAGUUGAAGUCGAAGAUAAUUAUGUAAAUGAAGAAUUGUUCAUGACAGAUCACGAUAUGAACAAACAAGAAAAUGCAAAUGGACGAAAAUUCUUCGCACAUGUAACCGUUGUCGAAACCAAUCGAUCAAAGGUUGUCAAAGCACAAAUCGAUUCAGCGUCAACGUGUAAUACUAUCCCUGUGAACAUUCACAUCAACGUUUCCCGAACAUUAAAAUUGAGAAAACCAAAGCUGCGAUCCAGACGUAUGGAGAUCAAUGGAUAAAACCAAAGGGCAAAGUGACUUUCUGCUGCGAAAGGAAAGGAAAAUUGCAUCUACUUGAUUUCCUGGUAGUCGACGUACCUCGUGGAAAGCCGCCAUUGUUGAGUGGUCGAGACGCAGAGAUCCUGGGAUAUUUGGAUAUUCAUGCAGAUGAGAUUCAUUCCGUGAAUGAAGUAAAAACGGACAAGAAUUCAAAUGUGCAUAAUCAGAAAAUCCAGAAUGAACAGCUCAAUCAUCAGAAUUCAGAGUGCAAUGCCCAAAGUCCAGCAAGCAACAUCCAGGGUCAAGAAAGUGUGCGUCAAAGAGCCCAAGCCCUUCACAAGUCCAGCAAAAUUCCACAAUUGGGGGAGUUAACAAAAGAAUUUGUUCUAGAGCAUUAUGAUAAAGUAUUCCAACCAGGAAGAGGAAAUCCGUUGGGUGCACCCAUGCAUAUCGAGAUGGAUCCCGACAUUCGACCAGUACAUGCUCCUCGACGACGUAUUCCCGUUGCAAAGGUACAGAGAGUUAAUGAAGCAUUGGAGAAGCUCUGCGAAGAACGUGUUAUAGUUCCAGUCACACAACCAACGAACUGGUUAUCGAACAUGUUGAUAAAAGAAAAGCCUAAUGGAAAACUCCGAAUAUGCAUUGAUCCAAGUCAGACAAUAAAUAAAGCAAUAAAGCGUCCAAUCUACACUAUUCCAACAAUCGAAGAAAAGCUUCCAUUUCUUACUAAAGCGAAAGUGUUUACAAUUGUUGACGUGUCGGAGGCGUUCCACAACGUAGUUUUAGAUGAACUCUCCUCUUUACUUACAACAUUCCAAGGCCCAAAUGGACGCUAUAGAUAUCUGCGCAUGCCAUUUGGAAUCUCAUCUGGUCCGGAAGAAUACCAACGAAGACAGCGAGAAUUUCUGGAGGGCUUGGAGGGUGUCAUAAACAUCGCUGAUGACAUUUGCAUUUUUGGAUGUGGAGAUACAGACGAACAAGCAAGUAAAGAUCACGAUAAGAACUUAAUUGCAUUACUGGACCGAUGUAGCGAACGUGACCUGCGAUUAUCAGCCAAGAAAAUCCAAUUCAAAGCAACUUCGGUCUCUUUCAUGGGACACAUCCUCACCGACAAAGGAGUUGCCCCUGACCCAUCCAAAGUGAUCGCUAUACAAGAGAUGCCAAAGCCUGUCGACAGAAAUGGAGUUCAACGUUUCUUGGGAAUGUGUCAAUACCUGUCGAAGUUUUGCCCAAAACUGAGUAAGAUUGUCUUACCAUUGCGAGAUCUAACUAGAAUCAACGUAGAAUUUAUAUGGACAGAUGUUCACGAAAGCGCUUUCAACUCGGCGAAAGAUCUCAUUGCAUCCAGCACUAUUCUGCAGUACUACGAUGUCACGCUACCUGUAACCUUGCAAGUAGAUGCUUCAGAUGAAGCAAUUGGUGGGGUUUUACUUCAGAACGGGAAGCCAGUGUGUUUUACGUCGCAUACUCUUGAUUCAACUGAAAGAAACUACGCGCAGAUUGAGAAGGAGUGUCUGGCCAUCGUUACUUGUAUGAGCAAAUGGCACCAAUACCUCUACGGGAAGAAAAACAUCCUCGUUCACACAGAUCAUCAGCCACUGGAAACAAUCUUCCGAAAACCGUUAAGUAAAGCACCUAGACGACUUCAGCGCAUGAUGCUCAAGUUGCAACAGUACCAUUUCUCGGUCCAGUACAAAAAAGGGAAGGAGAUGUAUAUAGCAGAUACUUUGUCUCGAGCAGCUUUAACCAAUCCCACGGCAAUGGGGACAAGUGAAGAAGAAGUGUUUCGCAUGGAAUUAUCAUCGAUGGACCUUAAACCACCUAACUUGUCUAAUGUCACCUUGGAGCGACUAAAAGAAGAAGUAUCAAGCGACGCAACAUUGAAAUCACUUUAUGAAACAGUACUAAUAGGAUGGCCGUUAGAUAGAGCAUCGCUACCUGCAGACCUUCGGCCAUAUUGGUCUUUCAGAGACGAGAUUUCUAUUGACAAUGGUGUACUAUUGAAGUCUCAUCAAGUAAUCAUCCCGCCAUCAAUGAGACAAGAGAUGUUAAACAAGAUUCACAAAGCUCAUCAAGGUGCAGACAGCAGUAUAAGGAGAGCCCGAGAAACACUAUUCUGGCCAGGUAUGUCAGCGGCAAUACGCCAAACCUGCUUGUCAUGUGGUCUGUGUGCACAGUAUAAAUCAGAACGACCAACCGAACCGAUGAAAUCUCAGGAGAUUCCCACACUUCCAUGGGAACGAAUAAGUGUUGAUCUAUUUCAAUUGGAUGGUAAAACGUACUUGGUAACUGUUGAUCAUUACAGUGAUUUCAUAGAAAUUGAUUGGCUAAAGAAUACUUCAGCAACGGCAGUCAUCAAUGCUAUGAAAAAGAACUUUGCCAGAGCAGGAAUUCCUCGUGCAUGCGUCAGUGACAAUGGUCCACAGUUCAGUAGUCAUGAGUACAGCCAAUUUGCCAGUGAAUAUGGAUUCAAACCAGUUAAGUCGUCGCCUUAUCAUAGCAAAGGCAACGGAAAGGCAGAAUCUGCGGUAAAGGUGGCGAAAAAUAUUCUAAAGAAAGCGCGGCAUGAAGAUCCCUACUUGGCAUUGCUGGCAUACAGGAACACUCCACAACAGGGCCACAAGGUUUCACCUGCUCAGAGGCUUAUGAAUCGGAAACUACGAGAUAUCACUGUGUCAGUACCUCAACAACUUAAACCACAUCCUGUUUCCAGCACUGAAGUUGUGAAUGAUAUAAUGUCGCGUAGAGUCCGGUCCAAACAACUGUAUGAUAAAAGAGCAUCACCCAAACCUUUGAAAUCGUUCUCGCGAAAUGACCAAGUCUUCGUGAAACCAAAUCCGAAAAAUAAACACAAGCCAUGGAUAUAUGGAGAAGUCGUAAAAAAUCGUGGCCAUCCGUCGUGUGUCGUGAAUACGGCUGUUGGACUAAUUCAACGAAACCAUAAACAACUCCGAAAAGCUGAUGUCACACCGCAGGCUUUCAACAAAACGAACUUAGAAAUAGUAUCCCUCCCAGACGACUUAGAAUUAGAAAUAGUAUCCCUCCCAGACGAAACCUUACCAUCAUCAUUAGCAUUACCUACGGAAACAACCGAGGAACAAGUAACGGCGCUACCAUCUCCAGUAGUGGAAAUACAGCCAGCACCUCUACGUUGUUCGACAAGAAUUCGUAAAUCGCCAGUAAGACUUAAAGAUUAUAUACGGUAACAUUUAAUCCUUAAGAAACAUUAAUCCCAACUUAGUACUUUUCUUUAUAAGAACAUUUAUUUGAACUUCAUAUUAUUGUUUAGAUUUUUUUUUUUUUUUUUUAAAAAAUGUGUAAAAAAAAGACUUUUUUGUAAGGGGAAAGGUGUUGAUAGGUUAUAUUAACAUUUAUGCUAAUCAUGCAUGUAAACAGUAUAAAUACAGUAGGUUCUUAUUAUGUAUGUUACUUAGGUUCUAGAGAAUAAUAAAGCAAUAUUAACAGCAUCAAUCAUAACAAACUGGAUAAAAAGUUUUCUUACUCGGCGAAGCCAACGGGUCAGAAUGCCCCAUUGUGUGUCAGAAUGGCAAAUCCUCAACGGUGAAGUACCCCAGUGAACAGUUUUAGGCCCAAUCGUCUUCCUAAUCAUGAUAAAUGAUCUCGCCGAUUGGAAAGACCGAUGGAAAUGCGUUGACAAUACUACCACUACGGAAACCAUUAACGGCCCAGAUUGUAACAGCAAUCUUCAAGAUCUAGUUCAUUGCAUGCAUCGAUAAUUGGACUACGAGUAAUAAUAUGAAACUAAAUAUCGGAAAAUACAAAGAGCUGGUUAUUGAUUUUGCAAAAAAUAAGCAUUGCUUUCCUCCUUUAAUUUAACAGUGGAUAAAGUUCAUAUUGAACGAGUGAAUUCUGCCCGUAUCCUUGGCCUCACAGUUCAAGGCAACAUGAAGUGGAAUGAGCAUAUACGCAACAUAGUUUAAAAAGCUGGCAAGAGGCUCGAUAUGCUAAGGCUGCUGAAAAGGUCUAUCGCGUGUAUAGACCCAUUGAUUACUCUAUGGACUACUAUAAUUGGACAAGUUUUGGAGUACGAGUGCCAGGUCUGGCAUUAUAAUAUGCAAUAAUAUUUAUGUGAAGAUAUUGAAAAAAUUCAAAAAUGUGCAUUGGGAAUCAUCCUUCCAUCACAAAAGAAUGACAAAGCACUUGAUCACGACCAACAUCACGUCGCUGAGGGAUCGCCGAUAAAAAUUAUUUUACCACAAAUAAUUUUAUCUGGAUACGAUCUAAGACCAAUGCGUAAAUAUCAUAAUUAUAUUUGUAGAACUGCACGUCCUAAGAAUUCGUUUUUCCUCAAAGUAUUUUAAGUUUAACAAAUGAGUAAAUAGGUGAGUUUUUAGAAAUGUAAAUGCUCUUAAAUAUGUAGUAAUUAUGCAGUGUAGUUUAAACUUUCGGGUUACAAAGUCAGUAAUUAUUAAAUCAAUUCAAAUCAAAAUGCUGCCGCUCGUCUUGUUUUUGAGGAAACAAAGUACUGUCGAAUUAUAGAGCGUUUUGCACAUGACGUCACAGCCGCCAUGUGGUGUAUCAAUUCAAUAAAAAAAUUAAUUAGACACUUUUGCCUGGAACACCAACAUGGCCGCCAUUGCUUUUGUUGAGUUGGUCCCUGGCGAACGAGUGCAAACGCUCUAUAUUGUCAUACACAAACCUAAUACCUGUAUUACAAAGUCCUCAAAGUCACAUUUACCUAAUUUCUGCUGUAUUAAUGCCAGAUCGCUGCUUCCAAAAAUAGAUGAACUCACCAUGUUUUUAAGUUGUCGCUAACCCAGUGUAGUGGCGGUCACUGAAUCGUGGUUGAACAGUGACAUCGAGGAUGGACUCGUUUCGAUAAACGGAUAUAACAUUUUUCGUAAAGACCGUUUUAGCCGUCGUGGAGGAGGAAUUUGCGUUUAUCUACCACAGGGCACCUAUGCCAAACGUAGGUUGGACCUGGAACAUGAAAAUUUAGAAUGUCUGUGACUGUGGCUUCGCCCUACCCGCCUUCCCAGACCGCUCUCUGGUAUUGCAGUGUGCAUAGUCUAUCAUCCCCCUGGUUUACCUGUAGAAAACCACCGCUAACUUAAUGAAUACUUAGUUUUAACAAUAGAUUCAUUACGCAACCAACAUCCCAACUGUAGUCUAGUCCUUAUUGGUGAUUUUAGCGAUUUCGAUAUAUCGAAUAUAUUAUCAAGUCAUAACCUGAAGCAAGUUGUCAAAGUCCCUACAAGAGGAACAGCCAUUUUGGAUCUGAUAAUUACGAACCAACCAAACCU